CUUUUGCCAAAAUGAAUAUUGAUAUUUAUGUUAAUAUGCUAAUCCUAUGAAGCUUGAUUAAAAUGCAGAUAUGUGAUAUGGUUGCAGUGGCAAAAGUAAUGAAUGCCACACUUGUUCUUCCUUCCCUUGAUCAUGAUUCAUUCUGGACUGAUCCAAGUGACUUUAAAGAUAUUUUUGAUUGGAGGCACUUCAUGAAAGUUUUGAAAGACGACAUUGACAUAGUUGAGUAUUUGCCGGUUAAGUAUGCAUCUGUCAAGCCACUUCUCAAGGCCCCAGUUUCUUGGUCAAAGGCUAGUUACUACAGAGGAGAGAUUCUACCACUGUUGAAGCGACACAAGGUCAUACAGUUUACUCACACGGAUUCUAGACUUGCCAACAAUGGCAUUGCUUCCUCAAUUCAGAGGCUUCGAUGCCGUGCCAAUUACGAAGCUCUCAGGUACACAACAGAGAUUGAAGAGCUAGGAAGGACACUAGUGAACAGGCUAAGAACCAAUAACGAACGAUAUAUUGCCCUUCAUUUAAGAUAUGAGAAAGACAUGCUAGCUUUCACUGGCUGCAGCCACAAUCUAACAGCAGAGGAAGCAGAGGAACUAAGGGUUAUGAGAUAUGAAGUGAAGCAUUGGAAGGAAAAAGAGAUUGAUAGUGUGGAGAAAAGAUUGCUUGGUGGAUGCCCUAUGUCACCAAGAGAGGCAGCCGUUUUCUUGAAGGCAAUGGGGUACCCUUCAUCGACGACAAUCUACAUUGUCGCCGGGCCUAUAUAUGGUAGCAAUAGCAUGGCGGCAUUUAGGGCAGAGUACCCUAAUGUCUUCACUCACUCUACUCUUGCAACUGAGGAGGAGCUGGAGCCUUUCAAGCCAUACCAGAACCGGCUCGCUGCCUUGGAUUAUAUCGUGGCAUUGGAGAGUGAUGUGUUUGUUUAUACUUAUGAUGGAAACAUGGCAAAGGCUGUGCAGGGCCAUAGGAGGUUUGAAGGAUUCAGGAAAACUAUCAAUCCUGACAGAUUGAAUUUUGUGAGACUGAUUGAUCAAUUGGAUGAAGGUUCCAUGGAAUGGGAAGCAUUUUCUUCUGAGGUGAUGAACUUGCAUUCUAAUAGGCUAGGUGCUCCUUAUCUUAGACAGGUAGGCGAGUCGCCAAGAAUCGAGGAGAAUUUCUUCGCGAAUCCCUUCCCCGGUUGUGUAUGUAACAAGUCUCAGGAGAUGAUCACAGCACUGAAACUUGAUCAUCGAAUCGGCCUCGACUCGCAAAGAUAGUACACUGGAUUUUUUGAUACGUAGUUAAAAUUGGUUGGGGUUCUUCACAAUGUGUAUUAUGUUAAAAAUGGCACUGUAUUUAAGAAAAGGUUAAAAAAAGGAAAAAGCUCAUUCAUGUUGUUAUGGUGGGAAUGUUGCUUCUUCCUUUGUUUCAAGCCAAGUUUGAUGUGGCUGCUGAAGAAUCUAAAGGGACAUUUGUGUUAGGGUUCUUCUCAUUUCACUAAAAGGUAUGAGUUUCCGUUUUAGGGAAGGAACAGAUAGAAGGUUUUUUGUGUAUAAUCAAUACAAGGCAUAGAUUAAGAUUAUAGUGGGAGAUUGGCAUUUAUGACGAAAUUACCCUCGUGGAAGUGGAGGGGAUUAUAAUGUAUUCAUUGAUUUUUUUUGAGAAAAACAAUCUCCAAAUGGAGCAUAUAGUUACAAUUCUUCAAGGAUGUAACAUUUGAAACAUAGAAAAUUUUUUUCCCAUUGAAGUGUUUUGUGUAUUAUUUAUAUUGUUUUGCAACAAUCUGCCUUUGGGUGCAGUAAAGAAUGUACAAAUACUUGUAAUUA